CUUCUCUGUUCCGGUCCACCUUCAGCUGCGAGACUAUAUCCUCCGGGCGUGUCGUCUGUAGUGUUUAUCCCACCCCACCCCCCGCGAGUACUUGCUUGCUUAUUCCUGUCGUGAGAAAGAAUAGUGCCGGUGCGCCACGCCACUUGACCAACGCAGAUUGAGACUGGGGAUGUCGUCGGACUACGAGUCGCAGGAGGAUGUGCCACAGGAGGAACAGGAGCAGGAGCAAGAGCAGGAGCAGGAGCAGGAGCAGGAAGAUGGGUCGCAGUCCAAGAAACGCAAGAUACAUCGGGCGUGCGAUGUCUGUAGGCGAAAGAAGAUCAAAUGUGAUGGUGGAACUCGACCUGGACAGAAAUGUUCGCCUUGCGUGGCGUCGAAUUCGGAGUGCACGUACUUGGUCGCUGUCAAGAAACGACGUCCGCUUAAAGGUUAUGUUGAAACCCUCGAAACCAGACUGGAGAAGAUGGAGGCGUUACUUCAACAGUUCCGCCCAGAUAUAAACAUCACACAAGAGCUCAAAAACUCUGGCAGCAGCAUCCACGAAAGAUUACAUAGCAGCUCUCCUGCCGCCUCGUCCCCUCUCCAAAUCCCGUCCCCGUCCUCCGCAGACAAUGCGCCAGGCUCCGCCGUUAAACAGGAGGUGGACUCUGACGACGAUGAGUACGGCUACAGUACCUUGCUUUCGACGCGUAUGACGGGUCUCACGCUCGAAACUGAUAUGCACCAACACUUCCUCGGAAAGUCGAGUAACGUCAAGCUUGUCCGGUCCACUUUGCAUAUGCAGAACGAAUACUCCGGGAGGCCUAUAUUAGCCACUCGGAGACCCGAAUUUUGGGCUCCUCUUCCGUGGGAGAAGGCCACCUUCGAAGCAUGGGAGAAUCGGCAAGCACCGCCCUCAUUCCCCGGGCCGGAUCUGCUCGCCUCCCUCGUCGACCUGUACUUCGAGAACGUCAACAUCUUCACGGUGCUCUUGCACCGUCCGACGUUCCAGAAAGCCCUCGACGAGGAACUGUAUAUGUACCAUGACCAGUUUCGUCAGGUCGUCUUGCUCGUCUGUGCGAACGGAGCACGAUUCUCGGACGAUCCGAGGGUGUUCAACGAAGGCGACACGACUAUGUAUUCUUCUGGCUGGAAGUGGUUCACCCAAGUCAACCUCUCGAGGAAGUCGUUACUGGCGAUACCUACCCUGUAUGACCUGCAAGUCCACUGCCUCGCAAUCUUGUUUAUUCAGACCACAUCGGUGCCUCAGACGUGUUGGACCAUGGUCGGCCACGGUAUCCGCCUUGCUCUAGACGUUGGUGCUCAUCGUCGGAAGGUUUAUGAUUCGAAACCUACGAUUGAGAACGAGUUGUGGAAACGAGCAUUUUGGUGUCUUGUAGUCAUGGACCGAUCGGUGAGUUCUGCGCUGGGGCGACCUUGUGCGAUUCAGGAAGAAGACUUCGAUCUCGACCUACCCAUCGAAUGUGACGAUGAAUACUGGUCCGACUCGGACUCUGAGACGGCUUUCCAGCAGCCCGCCGGGAAACCGUCUACGAUGUCGUUCUACGUGUCGUUCCUCAAACUGUUUCAGAUUCACGCCUUUGCGCUGCGAACUAUCUAUUCGAUCAAUAAGUCGAAGGCCCUACUCGGCUUUGUGGGACCGCAAUGGGAGCAAAACAUCUUGGCCCAACUGGACUCAGUGCUCAACAAAUGGGCAGACUCAGUCCCCGAUCAUCUCCGCUGGGACCCCACCCGCGAAGACCCUCUGUCCUUUUUACUGUCUGGCACGCUGUACUGCACGUACUAUCAUCUCCAGAUCUUCGUCCAUCGGCCGUUCAUCACGUCGACAAGGGAUCCUACCUCGGCGCUGUCGUUCUCUUCACUUGCUGUUUGUACGAAUGCGGCAAGGUCUUGUAUACGGAUUGAUGAUGUGAUGCAUCGGAGGUUCACCCUUGUUCCAUGUCCUCUUUUCCAGAUCCUAACACCCAGUUUCGCAUCCGCGGUAGUACUGAUGCUGAACAUAUGGAGCACCAAACGAACGGGUAUAACGCUCGACGUGGAGAAGGAGAUGGAGCUAGUGCACAGGGCUAUGGAGAUCAUAAAGGGCCAAGAGCAGAGGUCUAACAUUAUCGGGAACAGAUAUUACUCCUCUGGACGGUCGUGGGACAUCCUGUUCGGGCUUGCCAGUAUGGGAGAUCUCCCACUUCCUCCGUCUCGUCCUACGUCCAAACGCGGAAGAGGCGACUCAGACGACUUCCAAUACGCCUAUCGCAGCGACUCCGUAUCCCUCCUCGAUCCUUCUUCCUCGGCUUUCCAGUCCACUUCCACCGCUGCCCCCACUAACCCUCCUUCAUCCAAUAUGAAUAUGAACCCACCGUCCCAAGAUCGGGGGGUCGAAUCCCCAGACAGUUCAAGGAGAUAUGCGGGCUCGAAACGCGUCUUCCAGAAUGCGGUCCCAGGCCCUUCGACCUCUGGUUCUGGCGGUCUUGGUCCUGGUCCCAGUGCCACACCGGAUAUGCAGCAGCAGUAUUCUAUACCAGCACAAGUUCGGGUGCGAUCCUCGUCUCGUAAUCCGACUCAUCGCGCGUUACCACCAGAAUCAUCCCCUUCGACGCAUCCGACGCCGGGUCAUGAUCCUGCGCGGAUGCAACAACAACAACAGCAGCAGCAGCAGCAACAACAUCAAGUCUACCACGAUGGAUCGUAUCCACAUCCACAUCCGCGCGGGGAUCAUGGUCAUGGCAUGGAGGGGAAUGCGGGUUAUGUCAAUGGGCCGACAGGGACGGAUUGGGGUAUGUCGGGGAUGCAGACUAUGGCUAUGGUAAACCACCAGCAUGGAGCGAUGUCGGCGGAGAGCGUCACUGGCACAAAUCCUACGUUUUCGUACGAUUUUGUGGGCGGACAUCAUCAUCACCAUCAUCAUCAUAAUCAUAAUGGUGAUUGGAAUGCGAGUGCGACGGGGAUGGGACAUGCGAGUGAGUAUGCGGAAGGUGUAGCACCUCAAGAUGCGAGAACCGAAAUCAGGAUAUCCAGAGUCAGUCCUUCAUACCGUGGUGGACAUACCCACUCGUCGUCUACACCGUCGAUGGGCGUGGGCGUGGGCGUGAAUAUGGGCAUGGAUCCGAGGAUCGGACCAGGCGGAGGUCCGAUAAUGACACCGUUAGGACAGUCUCAGACGGACGGGCUCGUGGAUAUGUGGUCGAAUGUGCCGUCGAGUUUUGCUGGUGGAGAAUGGGACGCUUAUAUCGCGAGUGUGUUCGGGACGAAUCAGUGACAGAGUCACCCGUUUAUGUCGAUGACGGGAGGGCGACAGGCUUUCGUGAAAUGUGGACAUUAAAUAAAUUACAGUAUCAUAGUCUCCUCCAUUCGUUAUCACGUUUUCGAUAGAACAUAUAGGUGCA